AUGAAAAUACCUGUGGCCAAUUUCGCCGCUGAUUAUGAGCCGCCAGUAAUACCGCCAGUAAUACUGCCAGUAAUAUCGCCAGUAAUAUCGCCAGUAAGAAAUGGAAGAGAGACAUUAAAAAGCUUUGAACGUUUCGAGGAUGAUUUCAAAUGGGUCACUCGUAAUCACUUUGAAGAACAUGGAAUUCUUUCACAACAAGUUACAUCAGGCGCUUUUAAAAUUAAAAAAGAAAAUGCUAAUAUGUUCAGUGAAACCUAUUUCAGCUUUAUUAAGAAUAGAGAAUCUAGAGAAAUUCUUAUAGAAUCGUUCAAAAGGUUAUUUUAUACCGAAGGUCAUGUCUUUACGCAUAGUUAUAUAGAUCUUACUUAUGGGAAGGAAAACAUUGAUGAAAUUACUGGAGGAAUUUUUUUCAUGUACGCUGAAGGUAGUAUUGAAAAGCGUACGGUUUUGAUCUCGCUAACUCGACUUUCUAAACAAUCCGUCCUCGGUUAUUAUUUUUUAAAAGAUUAUUAUAAAGGAAAUGAAGAUCGCGUUGAAAAUGCAUUAAAUGCUUUUUCGUCGCUAUCGGAGGAUGGAAAAUAUAGAUUAAUAAGAUUCGGGCGUUUUGAGGACGAUCUCAAAUGGAUCACUCAUAGUCACUGUGCAACCCACGGAAGUUCGUGCGGCAGUCAUAUUGAAUACUUAGUUACAUCGAGCACUUUUACAAUGGAACAAGAAAAUGUUGAUAAGUUCUGUGAAACCUAUUUCAACUUUAUCACUCAUCAAGAAUCUAGAGAUGUUGUUACAUCAUCGCUUAAAGCAUUAUUUUAUACCGAGGAACAACUCUCUACACAUAAAUACAUAGAAAUUACUCAUGGGAUGUCAAACGUUGAUAAACCUAUUAAAGGAGGAUUUUAUUUCAUUGACUCCAAAGGUGGUAGUGGUAGAAAGCGAAAUGAAGAACGCGUUGAAAAUGCACUAAAGUAUAUUGUAUUCAGAGAUAACGAUCUCAAAUGGAUCACUCAUACUCACUGUGAAACGGGCGAAAGUUCGUGCGGCGGUUCUCUUACACAGAAAGUCACAUCAGGCAUUUUAAUAAUUGAAAAACAAAAUGCUGAUCUUUUCAAUAUUAAUUAUGGGAAGGAAAACACCGAUAAACCUAUUACUGGAGAAUUUUAUUUCAUGCACUCUAAGGGUACUGGUGAAAAGCGUACCUCACCAGCUCGACUUUCUAAAAAACUGCCGGGUCAUUACUUUUUAAAAGGUUAUUAUGAAGGAACUUCGGACGAUCUCAAAUGGGUUACUCAUAGUCACUGUGCAACCUACGGAAGUUCGUGCGGCGAUCAUAUUGAACACUUAGUUACAUCGAGCACUUUUACAAUUGAACAAGAAAAUGUUGAUAAAUACAUAGAAAUUACUUAUGGGAUGUCAAACAUUGAUAAAACUAUUAAAGGAGGAUUUUAUUUCAUUGACGUUAAAGAUGGUAGUGGUAGAGAACGGUUUUUAUCUCAAUAG